AAAAAAAAANAAAAAAAAAAAAAAAGAACCAAAAAAAAUCCGCGUCGCCAUCAUGGUAUGUUCAAUCGAUGAUAUCGCCGACGAGUUGCCAGCGGAACAAAUUGCUGUCCUUCGCAAAGCUUUCGACAGCUUCGAUAGAGAAAAAAGUGGCAGCAUUCCCACCGACAUGGUGGCUGAUAUACUUCGACUUAUGGGACAACCAUUCAACAAGAAAACUCUCGAUGAACUUAUAGAUGAAGUUGAUGCUGACAAAUUUAUGGAAAUGAUGACAGGAGAAUAAUCACGACUAAUGGUGUCCGAUAUUUUUUUUUCACCUACUGUGAAAAAUUUUUUUGUUUUCUUUUUCUUUACAAAAAAAAAAAAAAAA